CAAUGGACAAGGGUUUCUCAUGAUUGAUAGUGGAGCUACUUGAAAUUAAUCUCACCUCUUAAAUCUUCUAUGAUCGGCUCAGUGAAAAAAUACGAGAUGGAUGAAAACGACAUAUUGACAAAUCAACCGGUUGAUGUAUUGGAAGUGAUUCUGAAGCGUUUGCCCCUUAAAGAUUACCUUGUAUUGAGAACAAUAUGCCAUUAUUGUAGGAAAACAAUUUCGAAUGUCAUCGAAAACAAGCAAUGCUGCCAUUUACCUGAACAGCCACAAGUUUUCCUACAAUCCAACAAUUCAAGGUUCUUUUUUAGUUUGAGUACCAAAAGUGUACAUCAUCUUGGAACACCACCGUUGUUGCGCACUAAUAGAUGUGUUGGCUCAGUUGAAGGCUGGUUGAUUGUGAAUGACUAUUCUGAAAAAGGAUUUGCGAAAUUUUUCUUCUUGAAUCCAGUGACUAAAGUUAGAAUCUUGAUACCAUCAAAGUUGUCCUUGCCUUCCAACUCUAACGUCGGAAGUAAUGGAAUAACAUGUGUGAGAAAAGUAGUGGCCUCUUCGAAACCAAAUUGUGAUAAAUCUGAUUGUUAUUUAGUGGGUCUUUUGAGCGAUUUUUGUCACAUUGCAAUUUAUAAACUCUUUGAUAAGUCAUGGAAUAUAGUUGAGUCAGAUAAGGAUUCAGGGUCUUAUUUUAAGGACGUGGAAAUUAUUGGUACAAAAUUGUAUGUAAAUGAUUCAUGCUCAAAUUCUCUAUUGGUUUGUGAUCUCAAAGACGCGACUAAUGGACUUCCAAAGGCUGAAGUGUUGGUCAAGAUUCCAGAAAUAAGACUAUCAGACUCGAGUAUAAUUAGCACCCAUGCUUAUUGUUUUCUAGCCAAAAAUGAAGCCUUAAGAGAGUUAUACAUCAUUUAUUUAUCAAUCUUUGCCAAACCUGAGUAUGAUACUCAACAUGCCGCUGCUGACCGUUUGAGAAUUAUAACAUCAUAUGCCGAUCCACCUAAAAUUACCGGCUUUAAAGUCUUAAAGUUGGACACAAGCAAGGAUCCUAUUGAGUGGCAGAAUGUGAAGCUUGAAGAUAGAGUAGCUUUUGUUAGUGGUUGGAACACCAUGGUAAUGUCAAGGGAUCAACUAAGUUGCAAUGAAGAGUUAACUAGAGGGAAUAGGAUCUAUUUUGCUGUUCAUUUUCGAUGUCCUACGGAUCCAUGGCCAGGUUUACAGUUGGGGAUGUUUGAUUUGACUGAUAGCAGCUUCAACUACUUUCCUGUGGAGACAUCAAAGGAUGAUGAUGUUCCUUAUCCUUUAUGGAUUGUACCAAGUGUAUGGUAAUUCCACCGUCUUCGCACUUCUUCUAUGCUUUAAAAUUAUUUACGCCGCAACAUGCAUACACUUUUCUUGUUAUUGAAGAAUGACCAGAAAAGGUACCCCCUGCACUGCACCAACCAUUUGAUUUCUUUUUUCUUUUAUGUUCUUUUUAAGGACCGAAAUUUCGUAGUACAUGAUAUUUUAUUUUUUUU